AUGUCAAAACGUUGCGGCCACAAAUAAAAACAAAACGCGUAAAAAUAGUCGGAAAAAUUAUCAUUGAACUUGUUUUUGCAGAAAAUCAGUGUAAAAUGAACUAAAAUCGUUUGAAAACCAGUUGAAAUACCCUCUUAAAUUGAAAAUGACAGUGUCCAACAGGAGAAUACCCCGAUUGUCGGCUCACCGGGGCCAUUUGCUGCCGCCGCAACAUUUCCAGCAUCCGCCGGCCCCUGGAGGGGGUGGUGCCGGCCUGGGUGGGAAUGGUGAUGGAGAAGGGGAUGGCCCUUCCACUAUCAACGGCAACGAAGACGUUCAGUUCAGCUUUGGGACACCGUUUCCCAAGCAUGUCCCCUUUCCGAAUGUUGAGCACAGCUCCGAGCUGGUGAACGAGUUUUUGAUUUUUGGAUUUACGAUUAUUGCCAGUGCGACACAGUUCCUGCAUCUGUACCGGACGGUUUGGUGGUUGCCGACUUCCUACACCCGGCAAGCGGUGAAUUUCUACCUGAUCGAUUGGGAUUUAGCUAUCUUCAUUUAUGUAAUGGCCAGCCGACGAUUGCUGUAUUGCUGCAUUCUUAAGCUGAUCGAUUUGAACUGUCCGGUAGCUUACGUGGACAUAAGCAAAAAGAUAGCCAAGUAUGUGUUCCUGGCAUGCGUUGUGAUCUCAUUCGUCGGCUGUGGAGUUCAGAUAUUCCAGAAGAACAGCUACCUCUACCUGUUCUGCUUGUCCUAUCCGUUCGUGCUGUAUCUGACGAUUUUCGGAUUCAAUCUGGAGCAGUUCCUGAGGACCAUUGUCGACACGGAAGUGAACUGCAUCAACGGAAUGCCGGUGCACAGUUGUUCGUCGAAUGCAGUUUCCGUUCGGGCCGAGAUCGAUGCACUUAAAACGGACUUCAACAAUCGAUUCAAGCAGAUUAUAUUUACGUCCGUGCUAAACGCGUACUAUUCCGGAUUUGUUCCCUGCGUGCUAGUUCCAAAACAUCUGUACUACGACAUUUUCUGGGCGACGCAGCAUCUGGGGUUCAUCUUCAUCGGAGGAUUCACAAUGUGCGUUGCUUACUGCUUCCCAGUCAAGUACUGCGAUGUGUUUCAUCGGACAGCGCUGCAUUUGGGACAGUGGAAUCGAAUGACCCAUCGAACGCAUCAUCCGCCGCCGUACGCGUGGUCCAAGUCGACCAUUUUUCCCUACGGAUCGUACGUAAGGCACAUGGGAGAGGUUUAUCGGGCGUCUGGGUUCUGCACCUCAGCCAUUCCGGCUAACAACAGUCACAUUCGAUUCUUCGUCAUCUUCAAGAAUCCAGCACUGAUCUAUCUGGUCCUGUUUGGCAUCCAGAUUGCACUGGUAGCGAUCCAGCUGCUAAUUCUGUGCCUUUCGCGCGAAUGGCACAACCUCAUUUCGAUUGCGUUCCUUUUGCUGGCCAACUAUUUUACGCUGUUCAAAAUCGCGCGGGAUUAUCUGAUUGCCAAGCGAAUCUACGCCGGGGAAAACGCCAUCAACGAGAAGUUCAAGAACCAGUGAAUGAUGCCA